AUACUUCAAAAAGUUCAUGUUUAUUGUUUACUGGGCUAGGAUAGGCUUUUCUAUGUAUUUUUAAUAAUUCCUCCUCGUGUUGUGUUCUAUAAAAUCUCAAUAAUUAACAGCAAACAUGUCAACCGAUCUCAGCGCAAGUUUCAACGAGCAAUACAUGAACAUCAACACUAAGAUGAAAAAACGGUUUAUGCGGAAACCAAAUAUAUCUGAAGCGACGAACGAGUUUAUAGCUCUGGCUAUUCAGUGCGAGCAUUCUGACCAGCCAGCGUUCGCGGGUCACGCCUACGUAGGUGCGGCCAAGUGUGAAGCCUCUGUAGGCCACUUCUUGGGCGAGGCCGAACAUUAUUUGGCUGCGGCGAGACAGUUUAUGAAGGCUGAGAAGAAGUUGAAGUCUCUAAAGUUCUAUAGUGCUGAUAGAGAGAAUUUAGAGGCAGCAAUAGGCUGUUACAUCCAAGCUAUGAACAAAUACCCUGAGAAGUCUCCCAUAAGAACCUCCAUACUGAUGGAGAUAGCCAGUGAUCUGGUAGAACUGAACCACAAGCUGGAAGCAGCUUCUUACUAUGAGCAGGCCAUAGACACAGUCACUGAGGGGACCAUGAAGGUUAUGUGUUUGAGGAACCUGCUCAAUUUGAGAAUAGACUGUGGCAAGUAUGAUGUUGCUUUAGAAAUAGCAAAUCAAAUAGCUGAUGGUACAGAAACCAACAUCCCAGAAGAUGUACUUGCUGAGGUUCAAGUGAGUAGAAUACUACUGACUCUCCUUGUGAAGCCUCCUGAAGCCAGUAAGCCUCCAUCAUUGAAGAAACUUCUCAUAGAUCUCAUGAAUGACAAUGAAGAUAAUACUAUCCCCCUGAACAUGGACUUGCGGCUGAAGCUGCAGUCGAUCAUAAUCUGCCAAACUACAGGUGACAUACAUUCCCUCAUCAGCGUCACUGCCGACACCAAGCACUUCCUUACUAUACAGCAAGUGGAACUUCUGCAGAAAUUAAUAUCUGACGAAAGAAGUUAGACUUGCUUGUCAGGUAGCUGUUUUUAACUUAGAUAAUACUAUUUAUCUUAACUAGAUAAAAUGAGUAGUUGCUUACUCUUUGUAUUUUAAUUAUGGAGAAA